GGAGAUUAUUGGGCUGUUUUGUAUUUUGCCGCUGUAGUCGAAUCCGUUAAUUAUAAUAGAGAUUUCUCUUUCGAAGGUAAUGGAAGCGGGAUUUGUCGUAAUUUUCGACACUUUUCCUAUAUUUCCAACUUUUCUCGUAUUAUUCCCGAAGGGUCUAUCGUCGGUUAAUAAUGACAAAAACAACAAAAGAUAAGCACGUGGUUAAAGAAGUCUUGGAUACUUACGUCCUACCCGAAGAUGGGGAUCGGAUCGUUAAAGUAACUUGUGGACGUGGCAAUAAUUUACAUGAAGUAGUAACAGCAGAUGGUGAAAAAUUUCUUGCUAGCAUGCCAACCAAGUUUAGAAAAAUUAUAUGGAUUAAAAGAGGUGAUUUUGUGAUAAUUAAACCAAUAAAAGAAGGUCAUAAAGUAAAAGGAGAAAUAUCACAUAUUCUGUACAAAGAACAAAUCAAGUACAUUAAAAGUCAAGGACAAUGGCCGUCCGUGUUCGAUUCAACGAGGCAAAAACAGAGCACAGAAGACAUAGAUGAAGACGAGAUCUUCGUUAACAGAAAUAGACCGGAAGUAGAGUACGAGGAUGACGACUCCGAAAUGGAAUCGUCCGAAGAUGACGGUGACGACGACGAUGACGACGACAACGACGAUGACGAUUGAUCACAUGCAAAUUUUCAAUUCGGAAAAUAAAUUCGAUACAUUUAAUUUUU